UUCAAGCGUCAUUUCAAUGGCGGAACACUGAAAAAAAGCAUUUGAGAGCGGUCAGAUUUCGGAUAUAUUGUUCUAGUUACGAACGAGCUGAGUACUUACAUUUAUCAUCUUGGCUAGCUAACAUAGUAAACGAAUCGUUUUGUCCCAAUAUUUAUCUUAGUAAACCUUCUGGCUGGGGCAUUUCCAUCAAUUAAAGCACGAGAUCCCCGAAAUGGCAGAUAACAACACAGACCAAGAAAAAGCAAUAGCUGCAAAUGCGUUGGAGGCGUUUACGGCUGGAAACUAUGAGGAAUCUUUGAAACACCUUGGGAAGUUGCAAGAGUUGAACAAGGAGGACUACAAGAUUGCUUUGAAUAAAGCAAUAGCUGAAUUCUACAAGAGCGGCCAAACCACCACAUGCACCCUGAAGCAGACUCUUAUUGCAAUGAAAAACCAGGUUCACACUUCAAUGGAGGAUAUUGAUGGUUUGGAUGAUGUAGAAAACAGUCUUCUCUACUACAAUCAAGCUAUCAUUCACUACCACAUGAGACAGUACUCUGAAGCUAUUGCUAUUGGAGAGAGGCUGUACCAUUUUCUGGAGCCGUUUGAAGAGAAGUUUGCUCUGGCGGUCUGCUUCUUGCUGGUGGAUCUGUACCUGCUAACGUACCAGCCAGAGAAGGCCCUCCAUCUCCUUGCUGUGCUGGAGAAACUGUCUGUACAGGGAAAUAACAAGAACGGCAAAGGGAGUGUCAACAAAGAUGGUCGGAACCAGAAGGCAGAGUUCAUUGACAUGAUCGAAGCGGCUAAAUCCAAAAUGCACCAGUACAAAGUGCGAGCGUACAUUCAGAUGAAGUCAUCAAAGGCCUGCAAAAGGGAGAUCAAGUCUGUGAUGAACACAGCAGGGAAUUCUGCUUCCUCACUCUUCCUCAAGAGUAACUUUGAGUACCUGAGAGGAAACUACCGCAAAGCAGUGAAGCUCUUAAACAGCUCCAACAUCGCAGAGCACCCUGGGGCCAUCAAAACAGGUGAAUGUGUGCGCUGUAUGUUCUGGAACAAUCUGGGUUGCAUACACUUUGCCAUGGGGAAACACAACCUAGGUAUAUUCUACUUCAAAAAGGCCCUGCAGGAGAACGACCACACGUGUGCACAGCUGGGGGACGGUGGGGCGACGGGGAACGGGCAAUCUAAGCAGUUCUCGGGCAUCCCCAUGUGUGCACUGCUAGCCAACAAGCGUUAUGAGCUGCUGUAUAACUGUGGGAUCCAGCUGCUGCACAUCGGCGGCCCGGCGGCUUUCGACUGUCUGAUGGAUGCUGUGCAGGUGUACCACUCUAACCCUGGCCUCUGGUUACGGUUGGCAGAGUGCUGCAUUGCUGCCAACAAGGGUAGCUUAGAACAAGACAACAAGGGUCUUCCGAAAAAGGGCAUUGUUCAGGCCAUCGUUGGGCAGGGCUACCAUCGCAAGAUCAUCCUGGCAUCACAGUCCACCCAGAACACAAUCUACAGUGAUGGGCAGUCUGCAGCCAUUCCGGUGGCCAGUAUGGAGUUUGCAGCGAUCUGUCUGAGGAACGGCCUGGUCCUCCUCCCUGAUCACCAGCAGCAGGAGAACAAGGCAGAGAACGGCUCCAAGACAACCAGCCAGUCAGGCAGCACAGAGAGCGGCUCAGAGAACAGCGACGCCUGCAGUGGGAAGGGUCAAGAAGGAGACAAGUUCCUUUCUGCAGCACCGUCUUCACCUCUGAGGAAACAGGAGGUUGAAAACCUCAGGUGUUCCCUCCUGGCCUGCAGUGCCUACGUGGCCCUGGUGUUAGGAGACAACCUGAUGGCCCUGAACCAUGCAGAGAAGCUCCUUCACCAGACCAAGCUGUCUGGAUCACUCAAGUUCCUGGGACACCUGUAUGCUGCAGAGGCCCUCAUAUCCCUGGACCGGAUCUCAGAGGCCAUCGGUCACCUCAACCCAGAGAAUGUCACUGAUGUCUCCAUGGGGGUGUUGUCCAGCGAGCAGGACCAAGGGCCAGAUAAAGGGGAUCUGGAGCCUGUCGAGUCAUGUGAGAAGCAGACUCCUCUGUGUUACCCCAGCACAGUGAGCUCAGCCCGGGCCAUAAUGCUGUUCAACCUGGGCAGUGCCUAUUGUCUGAGGAGUGAGUACGAGAAGGCCCGCAAGUGCCUGCAUCAGGCCGCCUCCAUGGUGAACACCAAGGAGAUUCCUCCUGAAGCCAUCUUACUGGCUGUCUACCUGGAGCUGCAGAACGGGAACACACAGCUCGCCCUACAGAUCAUCAAACGUAACCAGCUCCUCCCCUCAGUGCUCCAGGCGCCCUCUCCAGACACACGAAAGAAGCCUGUUCCCUCCUCCUUCCAGCCUGUCCAACCACCCAUCCAGAUGCCCUCACCCUUCACAACAGUCCAGCGCAAAUGAGUCCUCAACCCUUGUUCCCCUAACCCUCCUUGCCCCAUUGCACAGCAACACGCACCUGUCCACCUCUCAUCACUUCACCUCAGUGUAUUAUUUAUUUAAGGCAAGCUGACCCCAACUCAGUGCCGGUGUAGGGUGAAGUUGUCCCUAGAUGCUGAUCUUGACUCAGCUUUGUAUUUCCUCCCACUAAUGGUUAAGAUUAACAUUGGUGGAGAGGAAGCUGAUCCUAUAUCUGUAUCUAGGGAAAUUUGAACUCCUCAGCGCCCAGACGGAGCCCCUCCAGGUCAGGUCCUGGUAUGAAAUGCAGAGGUCUCCUGUCGGGUGGAUGAAGGGUGCGUUCAUGGCCCAAAUUACACCUUAUCCCCUAUGUAAGUGCACUCCUUUUGACCAGAGCCCUAUGGGGCCCUAAUAAAAGUAGUGCCCUAUAUAAGGAACUGGGUAACAUUUGGGAUGGAGCCUUUAUUCAGUGGCUAUCACCUGCAGUGUCUUUGGGGCAGAUCUGACAUGAUUUCUCUGUUCUCUGAGAGUUUUAACUUUCCAUUUGUGACAGCAACAUCCGUUAUGAUCUAUACUGACUGACUUUUGCUUGGGGCAAAUUAAAUACCUGUAUAAAAAAAUAAAUUUUAUUUACAGAA